AUGUCGCGAGGCGACUCGGGUUACAUGAGCCAUCAUGGUUCUAUAUAUAGCUCAAAGUCGGAUGAUACUUUGGAUGAUUGGAAUUCAUAUGAUUUUUUGAGUCCAAUGCAACCUUCCCUUUCUGAGAAAAGGGACGAGUUCGAUGAUCACGGUUUUCCCGAUAAUCAAGCACAUCACUUACCAAAAGAUUAUAAUAAUUCCGCCGAUUAUAAACCAACAACACCAAAAUAUCCUUUCCUACAGCAAGAACCAACUUUCCAUGAUAACAACAAUGGACAUGGCCCACCACCGCAAUCUAACAGAAAAUUUGAUACACCUCCAGUUCCUCAGUUGAAAAAAUAUCCGUCAAACACCUUACUUAAUCGCACGGCUCAAACGAAUAAUGCCUCAACCCCUCAAAGAAUUCCAUCUCCGCAACAAACUCCACCACCAUCCCAUUCCCCAAGAUUACAUCCUGCUCACCUACCGAAUAAUUAUUCGUAUACAAAUUCAGCAUCACAUUCUCCACGAUUGUCUCCAUCUUUAUCUCAAUACAACGGUCACUCGCCUAUUGCACAUUCUCCGCGGUUAUCCCCUGCGAGCCCACAAAGCAAUAAUGGUUCAUAUGUAAAUUUGACUUCUCACUCCCCACGGUUAUCUCCUGUACAUCCACAGAAUCACUUUAUGCAAGGAAAUUCGUUUAAUUCUCACCAGUAUUAUCCGAAUCAAAACCAAGAUAAAUCUUUAAAUGGUCCCCCCGUUCCUCAAAUUGAUCCCAUCUCGCAAGUUCGAAAUCACAAAUCAUUACCGGCAAAUCCCAAUAAAACAAACAAAAUUAUCCCGAUACGAUCUAAUACGCACGAUGGUCAAUUAAAACUUCCAGUUCCACUAGAGCUGCCCAAAAUAAAUGAUAAUUUUGAGACUUCUGAUUUUACCGAAAUUCAUGAUUUUAUCGAUCACUAUUGUGACUCCGAUGACAAGAGUACAGAGACGAUGUCAAAAGUUAAAAUCAAUGCCAACAAUCCUGAUCAAUCACCCGAAGAUCCUGCAGUAAAAAAUCGCAAGCGCGAAGCUGCUGUUUCAGAAAUAAUCACAACCGAACGAACGUACGUCGACGGUUUGAGGAAACUUGUGAAUGUUUUCUUGUUGCCGUUACAAGAAAAUUUUAAGCUUAAUCAAAAGUCCAGUCUAUUAUCUUCGAAGACCACAACUUCCACAGAAGAGAUUAACUCUAUAUUUAGUAACAUCGUCCCGUUGUUGAGUUUGCACGAACAAUUGCUCAAGUCAUUGGAAGAAAGGAUGUCAAAGUGGAGCUCAACGGAAAUUAUUAGUGAUGUGUUCUUGCGAAUUGCACCUUUCCUGAAAAUGUAUACCACUUAUUUGCAAUCUUUCCCACACGCGAUAAACCUCUUGGAACGUCUCAAUAAAGAAAAUAAAGAUUUUAAAAAAUUUCUCCAGUCUUGUCAAGCGAGGCCGGAAUUGGGAAAUUUGCCUUUCAAUUCUUUCUUGAGCUUGCCUAUACAGCGAAUACCGCGGUAUAAAUUGCUGCUAGAUGCCUUGAUAAAACACACCGACGAAUCUCACCCGGAUUAUGAAAAUCUCCAGAAAUGCUUCCGGCAAAUUACGGAGAUCGCCGAUGAAGUAAACGAAAAAAUUCGGGAUGUCGAAAAUCAGCAAAAAGUACUAGAAAUCCAAUACAAAAUUGAGGGUUUGGCGGGAAAUAUAGUAAAUCCAGCUCGAAGGUUCCUUCAUGAGGGUAUACUGUAUAAAGUCACUCCUCAAAUUUUACAAGCGAAGCCACUAUUUAUAGCGACCCAGGAAAUACGAAUACAUUUUCUAUUUAACGAUCUGCUCAUGUUUUGCUCGGAAUUUCAAGGAAAGCUUAGAUUUAAAGGACAUAUAGAUUUAAAUCGUGCUUCGGUGGUGGACAUUGCCGAUGAUGCGGCCGAUAAACCAUUUUGCUUUCAGAUAGUCACCAUGUCGCCUGCAGGGGAGGCAAGACACACAGUUCGAGCGAAAACCGCAAAGGAGAAAGCAGAGUGGCUCGAUAAACUCAGAUGUGCUUUAUCGGGGCUUAAAAACGUAAUAAGAGGACAUAAAAACGUUGAUCCAAGGACCGGUCCUCUUCAAAAGAACGUUAGAUCACCUGUAGUUAGCUCACCGAAUUCAAACCAGCACCUGACCCCUCCAACUGAUGUUUCAUACAAACAAGCUUCUUCUAGAGCUGCUGACGAUUUAUUUAUUGGAUCUAAUAGAAGUAAUCAACGAAGACAAUUGAGACCUCAAGUUUCACACGGAAAUUUGAAUUUAAAAUAA